CACUGGCGUGCUGACGUAAAUGCGUAGCAGAGUUACGCAACGUAAGAUCGCCAAAGGGAAGUGUGAUGUGGCUCUGAAUCGCAACAAAAAUGUCUGCCAUUUUCAACUUCCAAUCACUUCUUACAGUGAUUCUUCUCCUGAUUUGUACCUGUGCCUACAUCAGAGCUCUGGCCCCCAGCCUUCUUGAUAAAAAUAAGACUGGACUCCUAGGUAUUUUCUGGAAAUGCGCCAGAAUAGGAGAGCGAAAGAGUCCUUGGGUGGCCUGCUGUUGUGUCAUCAUGGCUUUUAGUAUAUUGUUUUUGCAGUAACAAAAGACAUAUCCAAUAUGGAAAUGUAAUAACUGUAUAAAGCACCAAACAUCGAAUUCUAGUCACACACAACAACUUUGCAGGCUGUGAUUAGUAAAAUAAAAAUGGAGCCCUGCCAUCACUCCCCACCAAGCGCACACUUCUAUGUGCGUCCGCAGAAGAGAAGAGAAAGCCCAGUACAAGUGUGUAUUUAUCAGACUUGUGUGUCUACUAAUGCAAAGCAUUAACAAUAUGUGAACAAUGGGGGCCAAUUAAUUCAUUUAUCUGCUUUAUGCAAUUGUUGUUAUUCACCACCUUCUAUCACAUUUAUGGGGAUCAAGAUAUGUUGAAACAUUUUAGGAAGAUGCCAAUGCUUAAUUUUACUUUAGAAGCUCCCAUAAAAAUUAGUGAACAUUUGAGCCAAAUGUUUACACUUUUUAGUUCUAUUAAUGUAUGAAACAUUUGAAAUGACCAUCCCUCAUAUUGUAUGCCUUCAUGUUAAUAGGUGUUGUUAGAAAAUGGUAAUAAGUUUGUCCACGGAAAAGAACAUUUCCCCUAACAGCCAUGAAAUUGUUUUGUAUUUGCUGAAAGGGGGUUGUUUUAAAGUCCAAUUUGUCACUAUUUAUUA